AACUGAAUCCAGUUACAGUCUAAAAUUAUAAUGUGACGGCACCUGAAGCAUCCAAGGAGAGUGAUGGCUUCGAUCUGCCGACGUUGGAGAUUAUGGAUAUUGCCUGUGCUGACCUGCCUGUAUGCACUACUCAUUGUUAUACUUGUACCAAUCUUGCUAGUCAACUCCGUUAAGAAUGGCUUUAAAAAGCAGGAUCAGGGUGCGCUGGUGGGUGGUGCCUUUGUCCUACUGGCAUUGCCUAUCGCAUUUUAUGAGAUUGUUCAGCACAUGAUAUACUACACACAGCCUAGACUACAAAAAUAUAUAAUAAGAAUAUUAUGGAUGGUCCCCAUUUACGCAGUAAAUGCUUGGUUAGGUUUGGUAUUUCCUGAAGGAAGUAUAUACGUGGACAGCUUAAGAGAAUGCUAUGAAGCUUAUGUAAUAUAUAAUUUCAUGAAGUAUUUACUGGCCUAUUUGAACGCCGACCACCAGUUGGAGCAUAGACUGGAAAUUUCUCCUCAAGUGCAUCAUAUGUUUCCUCUGUGCUGCCUACCUGAUUGGGAGAUGGGCAGAGAAUUUGUACAUAUGUGCAAGCAUGGUAUUUUACAAUAUGCAGCUGUUAGGCCUAUAUCAACUUUAAUAUCAUUGUAUUAUUGUAUACGAUAUAUGCUAAGAGGAGAAGAGAUAGUGAAUAACAGUGUCGAGGUUGAAAAAUCAUUGCAAAUAACGACACGAAAUAUGGAGCACAAGAUGAAUGAAAAAACAAACGAAGAACACGAGGAACAUCAGUAUUUGAGACUUAUAGAGAAGGUUAUUCAGAGUGGAGCAAAGAAGAGCAAUCGCACUGGUGUGGAUACUUAUUCUAUUUUCGGAGCGCAAAUGCGAUUCAGUUUACGAGAUGGUGUUUUUCCAUUAUUGACAACUAAACAAGUGUUCUGGCGAGCAGUGGUUGAAGAACUAUUGUGGUUUAUCAAAGGAUCGACAAAUUCCAAAGAAUUGUCGGAUAAGGGUAUUCGCAUUUGGGAUGAAAAUGGUUCACGGGCUUUCUUGGAUUCCUGUGGUUUCACUGAUAGAGAGGAGGGUGAUUUAGGACCUGUCUACGGUUUCCAGUGGCGGCAUUUUGGUGCUGAAUACAAAGAUAUGCACACGGAUUACACAGGACAAGGAAUAGACCAAUUGAAGGAAGUCAUUCACAAAGUAAAGCAUUCUCCUGAGGACAGACGUAUUAUAAUGUCAGCCUGGAAUCCAGUUGAUAUUUCAAAGAUGGCAUUGCCGCCGUGCCACACUUUCAUACAAUUUUACGUGAAUAACGGAGAAUUGUCCACGCAGCUUUAUCAAAGAAGCGCAGACAUGGGUUUAGGAGUGCCGUUUAAUAUAGCGUCAUAUUCCUUGCUAACUUACAUGAUCGCUCAUGUUACUGGAUUAAAGCCAGGAGAAUUUGUACAUACAAUGGGAGACUGCCACGUCUAUGUCAACCAUAUAAGCGCCCUUGAGAAACAGGUAAAACGCGAACCGCGCGAGUUUCCAAAAUUAAAGAUAGUUAGAGAAGUUAAAGAUAUUGACGAUUUCAUUGCCGAGGAUUUUGAGUUGAUAGAUUAUAAUCCAUACUCCAAACUCUACAUGAAGAUGGCUGUCUGAACUAUCUCGUUUGAAUAAGCUUUAUCCUCUGAAAGAUCUACGUAAUUUACAUUUCGUUCUCAUAAAAUUCAUUAAUGACGCGACAUUGGUUGCAUUCAGUAGAAAUAAAAGUUUUACAGCCGUUAUAUAAUUCUUUAACAGAACUGAUUCCUCUUGUACUUCCUCACUAGAUAUAAAUGUACAACCAAUCAUGCUUUUUUUGAAGCUUCUAUGUGAUACUGCCUAAUAUUACCUCAUAAUCAAUCACAUUAAAGAAUUUUAUAGUUAUAAAGCUACUACCUUUUUUGCUGAAUGCAGUCCUUGCUUUUUAAUGUACUUAACUAAUAAACGAAUGUUCUAGAAACUAAUCUUUCUAGUAUUUUUGAUCAGUAUUAAGAUACACCGAUUAAGUAAUAGUACUUUCAAUUAUACAAUAUUUUUGACUUGAGAGAGAUAUAAAAAAAUUACCUUAAUAUAGCUCGAUUUCUCUUUAUAUGGGCUGAUGGAAAAGUGAUGAAUAUAUCUUAUACUGUAACCUCCUAGCUAUUACACAUAUCGUAAGUAAAGUCUUAUAUACGCAUAUACAUCUAUGCUAGUAUGUAUACAUGUAUAUAUUUAACUAAACUUAACUUUCUAAGAGAAAUUAUAUUUUUAAUAAAUCUUGUACCUUAAGUAUAUAUCAAUAUCUUCAAUACCCAUCGCAUGUAAUUCAUGCAAAUCUAUCACGAUUCGUUUCCUUAUUCCAAUAAAAAUUAUCGCACGCGCUAUUCCAACUUCUAUAUUACACAAAUUUAAUUUUUUUUCGGUCGAUUAUGAUCGACAAGUAUGGACGAUCGCAAAAGGCCUUAUAUAAGCAGCUUCUAAGUAUAACAAAAUUAUGUAAUUCUAUAUAUAAUAUGUAUAAAUUCGUUAUUUUUUAAAUAUAAAUCAGUAAGAAUAUUGGAAAUAAUCGAUCCUGCAUUAUAA